AUGGAGAUAGUUGAGACUACUACUACUGCUCAGCAGCAGCAGCAGCAGCAGUCAAUGUUGUCAAAGUUCAAGAGGAUUUGUGUGUUUUGUGGUAGUAGUCAAGGCAAGAAGACUACCUAUCAGGCUGCUGCUAUUGACCUUGGCAACGAAUUGGUUUCAAGGAACAUUGAUCUGGUCUAUGGAGGAGGCAGCAUAGGUUUGAUGGGUUUAGUUUCACAAGCUGUUCAUGAUGGUGGUCGUCAUGUUAUUGGAGUUAUUCCCAAGACGCUCAUGCCUCGAGAGUUAACUGGUGAAACAGUAGGGGAAGUGAAGGCAGUUGCAGAUAUGCAUCAAAGGAAAGCAGAGAUGGCUAAGCAUUCUGAUGCCUUUAUUGCCUUACCAGGUGGUUAUGGAACGCUGGAAGAGUUACUUGAAGUCAUAACCUGGGCUCAACUCGGAAUUCAUGAUAAACCGGUUGGAUUGCUCAACGUUGAUGGAUACUACAAUUCUUUGCUCUCAUUUAUUGACAAAGCUGUGGAAGAGGGAUUUAUUAAUCCUAGUGCACGCAACAUCAUUUUAUCCGCACCAACAGCAAAAGAGUUGGUGAAGAAACUGGAGGAGUAUGUCCCCUGUCAUGAAAGAGUUGCAUCAAAGUUGAGCUGGGAAAUUGAGCAACUUGGCUACUCUCAAAAUUAUGAUAUCUCUAGGUGA